GCAGGGGGCGCAGCAGAGGACGUUUUCUGUCCGCCGUGUCGGUUUCCAGCUUUCUGUCAUUCUGUGUGCGUAAAAGCAAAAUCACCAUGAUGACCACGGUCCGGAGUUUCUACUGCGCCAGGAUUUGAUUCACAACUCUGGGUACGGGUUUACUGACUUGCAUGGCUUAGCACAAAGUCUCCGGAGGGAAACCCUGCAUUUCCACCUGGAUUAAUGUCUCGACCAUGAGGAUACCUGCGCUUGGAAAUGGAUCUAUGAACGCUACAGUGUAGGACUGGUUAGAAAGUACAGUGAAGUAGCAACCACUUCACCAUACCCGCAUCAGUAACCUACAGACUAACGAGGUGUGGACUCUAUUCUGUAGAUGGAUGGUGAUUAGAAAUGUGUCCCACUUGAAGAAUCCAGGAGCCAUGCAGGGAGCCUGUGUCUGGAUUGUCAGAGUUUCUGUCCUCCUGCUGUUGCUUUGGUCAGACCCCCUGGACUGCCAACACACAACAGACCACAGGAAGGUUACUCAGAGGGCAGAGCCCCAACAGGAGAUCAGGGCAGAGCAUGGAGAAAUCCAGGGCUCCUGGGGCACCUGGGGGCCGUGGUCAACCUGCUCCCGUACCUGUGGAAGAGGGGUACAAGAGCAGAGCAGGCCCUGCCUGCCUGCUUAUACUCCAUCCCAAUACCACUCCAGAAGAGCUGGCGUUCUCCCCCAGCAACCAGGCCGUGUCAUUUCAGCCCUGCGGCCAACAGCUCCCCUGCCCCGCGACACAGGCAGGUCCUCCAACAGCAGCAGUCGUGGAGAGCCGAGGCAGGAGAAGGAGACUCGGUCUGGUGGACGCAGGAGGGUCACUCACAUCAUCCCGGGGAGGUACAGCUACGGGAGAGCUCCUUACGUUGCUCCAUUGCAGACGGAUACAGGCCAGGGCUCUGGGAAGGCUCGCAGACAGAGACACUCUGCUGCGGCUGAUACCCAUCACCAAACCACUAGAGGCCAUGGUGGCCACAGGUCAAACAGCAUGGACCUCUCCAACAUCGUCCAUCACUACAGCAGACCCUACAUGCAGCCCAGGGCACAGCAGCCCAAAAAUAGCCAAGUCUGGGCCCCCCUCUACCAGCCUGGUUCGGCUAACCAGGCUCAGGUCCAGCAGGAGCUACAAUCAGGCAGCCAGACAUCUGGACCCCAGCAGCACCAAGAGAGACCCUACAACCCCCUGCCUACUUCCUUCUGCAUAGGGGAGCAUGCUCGCUACAGCAUCUGCAACAAUAAUGCUUGUCCUCCAUCCAGCAGACACAUCAGGGCUGUUCAGUGUUCAUCAUACAACAACCAACCUUUCAUGGGCAGACUAUAUGAGUGGGAACCUUUCAAUGAGGUUCCCGGGGAUCAGCAUUGUGAACUGAACUGCCGGGCCAUAGGGUUCAGGUUCUACGUGCGGCAGUCAGACAGAGUGAUCGAUGGGACGCCAUGUGGGCAGAAUGAAACUUCUCUCUGUGUGGCGGGAAAGUGUGCGAGUCUAGGCUGCGAUGAGUAUCUGGGAUCAGGAAAGGUGAUGGACAAGUGCGGUGUGUGUGGAGGCGACAACACAACCUGCAGGCUGGUCUCUGGAGUGUUUAAACACAGUUUGUCCAAGGUCGGCUACCACAAGAUAAUGGAGAUCCCAGAGGGAGCCACCAAGAUCAACGUCACAGAAAUGGUGAAGAGCAGAAACUACCUAGCGCUCCGGAGCCGAUCAGGGCGAUCCAUCAUUAAUGGAAACUGGGCCAUUGACCGACCAGGGAAGUAUGAGGGAGGGGGGACCAUGUUCACCUACCGCCGACCCAACGAAAUCCGUAGCACAGCUGGGGAGUCCUUUGUUGCUGAAGGGCCCACCAAUGAGAUCCUGGACGUUUAUAUGAUCUUCCAGCAGCCAAACCCUGGUGUUCACUAUGAGUACAUUCUCCCCUCUGAGAAACCAGUUGACCCUCAGCAACCAAACCACAGACCAGAUGGGAACGACAACCAGGUUCCCGUCGUGCAGCCACCCAGACGCCCGAGAGAGUACAACUGGAAACUGGCUGGUGCUACAGAGUGCAGCGCCUCCUGUGGUAAAGGAUUCAGAUACUCCAUCUUUCACUGUGUCUCCCGGCUGAACCAUGUCCAGGUAUCAGAUGCUUUGUGUGACAGCAGCAGCAGACCGACUCCGCAGGAAGAGGCCUGCAACCUGCAGCCCUGCCCAGCCUUCUGGGAUAUUGGAGAGUGGUCAGAAUGCAGUAAGACCUGCGGCCUGGGCAUGCAGCACCGGCAGGUCCUGUGUCGCCAGAUUUACGCCAACCGCACCCUCAAUGUCCACACGAGCCGCUGUCGCCACUUGGAGCGGCCCGAAAUCGCCAGUACCUGCCAGCUGAAGAUCUGCAGUGAGUGGCAGAUCCGCUCCGAGUGGACCGCUUGCUCGGUGCCGUGUGGGCUGGGUCAGAGGUCACGAGAGGUACGCUGUGUCAGCAACGUGGGCGACUUUGUUCCUGAUGAGGAGUGCAACAUGAAUCUGCGGCCCAUCGAUGUAGAGAACUGUGACAUGGGAACCUGUGCCAAGAGCUGGUUCUACACCGAGUGGGGCAAUAGGUGCUCAGCUGAAUGUGGGAUGGGUGUACGAACCCGGGGAAUCCUCUGCCUGACCAACCACAUCAGCAGCCUUCCUCUGGAGGGCUGUGGCAGCGAGCAGCCCGCAGACUCUCAGGUCUGCAACAACGGCCCCUGUGAGAAUCGCAUCGAGUGGUUCACAGGCCCCUGGAGCCAGUGCUCUGCAGAGUGUGGCGCAGGCAGCCAGCAGAGGUCAGUGGUGUGCCUGAUGAAGUCAGAUGAAGGAUUCACCAUCAUGCCACUGUAUGAGUGCUCCUCCCUGGAGCGGCCCCUCAGCCAGCAGAGCUGCAACCUCAAGGCCUGUGGAGCAAAGUGGUACCACACUGACUGGAGUGUGUGUUCAAAAACAUGUGGGGGAGGUUUCCGUGUGCGGGAGGUGCGCUGCCUGUCUGACGACAUGCAGUCCAGCGAGGGAUGCGAAGAGCAGUUGAGACCAGCAAAGAAGGAGGACUGCAACCCAGAGCCCUGCAUACCUCACAUAGAUGAGAACUGCAGAGACAAAUACUUUAACUGCAAUGUGGUGGUCCAGGCUCGCCUCUGCGUGUACGAUUACUACAAGAUGACGUGCUGUGCUUCGUGUUCACAAGUGGCCCACAGACAGUCGAUUCAUCGGGGCCGCAGCUAGCGCUAGCGUCCCUCAGCUCCAUGUUGGGCCAGACUCAAUACCCGCUGCAGGCACUCUGUUCCUGGGCCAGCCAGGGGAGUGGACCGGCUGGACCUUGGACACUUUUUUUGAUUGCCAAGGAUGGAAACUGAAGAAGGAACAUUUCUGUUGGUUCAUUUGGAGACAGCUGUUGGGAGAAAGGAAUAUCUUAGAACAGUAGAGGACAGGAAUCCACUCACUGGAUAAACAGAGCGCUGGUGGGGUGAGAGAGAUCAGUAGCAAACCGAGGAAGCUACAAAAAACUUUAUGGAUUUUAACCACGUUUAAAAUAAAGAAUCCAUCUUUUUUUGUUUCCAGGGGAGCAGUUUGCAGCUGUCUUUUACGAAUAAUGGCUCUUGUGGAUUCCAUGAUAUGAAGAGGAGAGCACCUGUAAACUGUUUAAGGUGGACUAUAUAUAGAAAGUAUAUGUUCUAAUAUGGUUCUUUACUCUACAAUGCUCAGAUUUAUGGCAUGAGGUCAUAUGAAGUCGAUGCUGUCUCACCUAUAAUCAACUAUUUAACACCCACUUUGUUGACCAAAGAUAUGUAACCUCAUCAAACUAAAGACAGUGACAAAUUAACACUUUUUCCUAAGAAACAAAUACUGUGCAUGAAACCCUCCAUGGUGCUGAUGGUGUAUCCUUUACGCAGCAUGGAUUCAAGAAAAAUGUCAGAAUUGUGGCAUAGAAGAGGUUUUUCUGAUUGCCUAAGCGCAGCCAUGAGGUGUAAAUGCAGCCUAUGUAAUAUGUAUGUAUAUACAGUAUGUAUGUAUGACAGAGUGAAUGAUAUAGGUCUUUUUUAAAGCUUCUCCGACAGUCCUCCUAGCAACUGAAGAGAAAAAAAUCCCUCUUUAUUUAUUUGUGUGGCUCCCCGGGGAGGACGCUGGUUUAUCGGCCACCGGUGGCCCCCUUUUUAGCUGUGGGGAUAAAACCUUUUUUCUGCCUCUCCACCAGUCACAGCCUCUGAACUGAAUGUAGGCAUUCCACAGCCUGCUGGAUGGUAGAAGCAGAUGGUCAAAAAACCCAACGUAUUUUUGUAAAGGUGAAACAAACUAUAAUUCAAACUAUUUUUUUUUUUCCUGUGGGAGAUUGUUCCACAAUUGUACAAUUCCUGAUAAAUCACCAAUCAUAAAUACAUUGAAUUAUCUGUAAAAUAUUAUUUGAUUGUAAAGAUAAAUCAUGACAGUAUUUUACAACUAUUAGUCUGGUAUGGUGUAUAUAUGAGGUUUACAUUAAUAGUGAAUCCUCAUUUCUAAACCAGCCUUUUCUGCCAUAUCACCCCCUUUUCAGUUUCAUACAAAACCUGCACACCGUACCUCUCAAAUGUUCAACUGUUUCUGUGUUAUGUUAUCAGCUCCCUCCACGCACUAUAAACUUACCUCUGAUCCAUAAGUACUGUAUAUGUAUCAAUGUUUAAGUUCAGGAAGACUCCUUCUUCUUUUCCUUUCGGCUGUUCCCUUUCAGGGGUCGCCACAGCAAAUCAUGUGCCUCCAUCUAACCCUGUCCUCUGCAUCCUCUUCACUCACGCCAAUUAACUUCAUGUCCUCUCUCACUACAUCCAUAAAGUUCAGGAAGACUCAAGUAUGCAAUUAAUUCAAUCUCUAAGAGCAAAAAAACCUCCUGUCCUGAAUGUGAUGACAUGACCCUUGAUUUUCCCAAAAACAAUCAAGAGUGGAACUAAAAUACCAGAAUCCCUCAGCAUUCAACAUAUGACUGCAACUAAUAAAACAUCUGUCUUUGCCUUAUUUUACAUUUCAAGUGUUCAACAGUUGAUCUUCAUGAGGUGUUUCUGAGAUUUCUGAAAUAAACAAAAUUACUAAUUAUUUGUAUAAUUCACA